CCUUACACGAUGUUCUGCACAUAGUCACACAAUACAUAUUUGUUAAAUGAAUUUGUUUCCAAUCUUUCACUUACAAAGUUGCCAUAAAUAGCUUGGAACAUAUAUCUUUCCAAACUCUGCCAGUGUAUAGUCAUAUUCAGAUUCUGCCAUAUUUAAAAACAUUGCUAUUGCAACUUGCAUCCAGCAGAUCCUCAUAGAUAUUUCUUUUGUUAAUCUUUUUUCGCGGUGCAUUUUGGGAGUUGUUGUCUUUGUGAUGCUUGCCGGGAGUCGUGGUCUGAGCUGCCUCAGGGUGUGGACGACUCUACAGACGGCGGGCUUUAGGACCCUGCGGGGCACUGUGGGCCUGGGGAAGGGUCGGGAGGUCGGGAGCGCGGCCGUGAGCCCGGAGCAGCGGCGGCGUCGGUGGCGUCGGGAGCGAGCGCGCCCGGGAGCGGCGCGGGUGGAGGAGGAGGAGUCGGGGGCUCGAUUCUCUAACCAUGGCACAGGUAGAGAAAAGAGGGGGUUUGCUCCGGAAAUCUUCAGCCUCCAAAAAACCACUGAAGGAAAAAGUGGUGCUGAUGUAUGAUGAGAUCUUCAUGACAGAGGACCCCAGUAAGUGCAGUCCUCGAUUUUGGGAGGAGCUCUUCCUCAUGAAGGUGAAUUUAGAUUACCUAGAAGGCAAACUGGAAUCUCUUGAUGGUGAGGAGUUAAUGAAGAUCAAGGACAACAUUAAUUGCUUAUUUCAACACUGCAUCCAGGCUCUAGGAGAGGAACAUCCAAUUCGAGUUGUCAAUGCAUUGCAGACGUUGUGUGCACUCAUUCGAGGAGUACAUCAAAAGAAUAAGUCUACCUCUGGGUUUGACAUUAUCAACAUGCUGAUGGGCUUUGACAAGGCGGAGCUGUGCAUGAAGAACUUGAUGGAGAGUUUGGAUUCAUUGCUUUGUGCAGAAGGUUCUGAAAGUCUGAAGAGUUUAUGCCUGAAACUUCUCCUUUGCCUAGUGACUGUGACAGAUAACAUCAGCCAGAACACUAUCCUGGAGUAUGUAAUGAUCAACAGCAUAUUUGAAGCAAUUUUACAGAUACUCUCCCACCCCCCAAGUCGUAGGGAGCAUGGGUAUGAUGCUGUAGUCCUCUUGGCUUUGUUGGUGAACUACAGAAAAUAUGAGUCUGUGAAUCCUUAUAUUGUGAAGCUGUCUAUUGUGGAUGACGAGGCCACGCUCAAUGGAAUGGGGCUUGUGAUUGCUCAGGCUUUAUCUGAGUACAACAGGCAGUAUAAAGACAAGGAAGAAGAACACCAGAGCGGUUUUUUCUCUGCUUUAACAAAUAUGGUGGGCAACAUGUUCAUAGCAGAUGCCCAUGAGAAAAUCUCAGUACAAACCAAUGAGGCCAUCCUCCUGGCACUUUAUGAAGCUGUUCAUUUAAAUCGCAACUUCAUCACAGUGUUAGCUCAGAGUCAUCCAGAGAUAGGCUUGGUGACAACCCCUGUCAGUCCCGCUCCAACAACCCCAGCCACACCACUUGGUACCACACCGCCCUCCUCUGAUGUUAUAAGUUCUGUGGAACUCCCACUGGAUGCAGAUGUACAGACCAGUAAUCUACUGAUAACCUUCUUAAAAUAUAGCUCGAUUGUCAUGCAGGACACCAAAGAUGAGCACCGGCUUCAUAGCGGCAAACUCUGCCUGAUUAUCCUCACAUGUAUUGCAGAGGAUCAGUAUGCCAAUGCAUUUUUGCAUGAUGACAACAUGAAUUUUCGAGUAAACUUACAUAAAAUGCCUAUGCGACACAGGAAGAAGGCAGCGGACAAGAACCUUCCCUGCCGUCCUUUAGUAUGUGCAGUCCUGGACCUGAUGGUAGAAUUUAUUGUAACACACAUGAUGAAGGAGUUUCCCAUGGAUCUCUAUGUACGCUGCAUUCAGGUAGUACAUAAGCUACUUUGUUACCAGAAGAAGUGUAGAGUACGCCUGCAUUACACCUGGCGGGAACUCUGGUCAGCCUUGAUAAAUUUGCUGAAGUUCCUUAUGUCAAACGAGACUGUACUUUUGGCCAAACACAACAUUUUUACAUUAGCCCUUAUGAUUGUGAACCUAUUUAAUAUGUUUAUCACAUACGGUGAUACAUUCCUGCCCACCCCAAGCAGCUAUGAUGAACUCUACUAUGAGAUUAUCCGCAUGCACCAGAGCUUUGACAACCUAUACUCCAUGGUCCUGAGGCUUUCUACCAAUGCAGGCCAGUGGAAAGAAGCUGCUAGCAAGGUGACCCAUGCAUUGGUUAAUAUCAGAGCCAUCAUCAACCACUUUAACCCCAAAAUUGAAUCCUAUGCUGCUGUGAAUCAUAUAUCCCAACUGUCUGAGGAGCAGGUGCUGGAGGUAGUACGAGCCAACUAUGACACACUCACACUGAAGCUGCAGGAUGGCCUGGACCAGUAUGAGCGCUAUUCGGAGCAGCACAAGGAAGCUGCCUUCUUCAAAGAGCUGGUUCGAUCCAUUAGCACCAACGUCCGGAGAAACCUGGCCUUCCACACACUCAGCCAGGAAGUCCUGCUCAAGGAGUUCUCCACUAUCUCCUGAGACCAGCCGCUGACUGCCCUUACCCAUGAGGCUUUUGGGCUGGAGGGGGAGUCAGAGGAGAGGGGGCUGUCCCCAAGGUUGGAGAACAACACAGACACCCAGUUCUCUCGGUGAAGGCCAUGCUUCAGGGGAGCUUGGACAGCAGAGGCCAGGAGGGGCAAGCCAGGGAUAAUCUUAUUUGGGGAGGGGUGGGUGGGCACAGAGAGAAGGCUCCCUGGACAUCCCUUCACAUUUCUAAUCGCAAUUACAAGUUGAGGCUACUGACUAAUUUUCAGGCGCUGUUGGGGCAAGCCUUAGGGUGAUGCCAGUACCCUGAGGAUCAAGGGCUCUCCAAGGCUUCUGAAAACAGACAACUCUCAGAUGUAGGUGGAACUAAUUCUGCUUCCUUUGGCCUGGGGCUCAGCUGGACUUGAAAUCUGUCUCCCCUGCCCCCGCUAUCACUUGUCCAGUCAUUAGGACUCUUAGCUCAGGCUUAGGGUAGGGUAGGAAUGGAGUAUCUUUUUCUGUUUUCUAAAUCCAAAGCUGACUUAUCUGGGAGACUGAAGAUUAGAAUCCACCCAGUGCUCUGCUGUCCAGCCAUCACUUUCUGGAUUUGAUUCUUGGUACCAGGAGUACCUGUUACCUUUCCCCUGCCUUCCACCCAUUGACUCAUCACACUUUAGGGUCACAACUUUAGCUUUUCAUUUUCAAAUCUGGUUUAAACUGUCUUUAGGAUGUUUGUGUGAAAUAAACAUUGACAGGUUUUCUGGAGCCCUCAGGUGCCUACUUAGCUGGUUCCUUUUCCAGCAGCCUCCCACCUCCCUAGCCACCCCUCCUCUGGGAGCCUUGCCUGCCUCUGCCUGGCUCCCUCCACGUGUUCCACCCCCUCACCCGGCUGUUGUUUACAUCCAGCCUGCCUGAGAAUUUCCUCUGGGGAGGGAUCUGUUUCUAAUGUGGUUUGGUGCCUAGGAUGGAGAGAACCUGCUGGGGGCAUAGUACCCUCCAUCUGAAAGAGGCCAGGUGAGCAUCAUGGAGAGGCCAUCCCGUCUACCCACAUUGUGGGUGAAGCCACAGGCAAGACUCCUGACAUCUGAGAAUUUGGCCUGUGAUUCCUCCUCUGAACGGCCUCCAUAGGACUACUGUAGGCUUUCCCUACCCAACAGCUGCCUCCUAAGUAGCUGCUGCUCUGAGAUCCUCCCUUUCUAAAACACUUCCUAAAGCCUCGGGAUGGCAGGGAGCAAGCAGCACAGGAAGAGUCUAGGAGUGAGUGCAGGGACCUCCCUGGCUACUGUUCCACUUAAACUUCCAGGGAGGGAUACUUGCCCCCCAACCCCCUUUUGGCACCAGGGUUCUGCCUCCAGCAUUGGGCAGAUAUGCACUAUGAAUCCAGUACCAGAGAAUCCACCAACAUGCUGCCAUGGACAGGUGUAGAUUAAGAGAUCAGCAGCUGGGUCACCUCUGCUCACUAGAUGCAUAGCUCAACCUGGGGCAUUUAGUGGAACUGGAGCUGGAAGCUGGUGGCAAGCUGAAAUGAUUAAAAAUUGAUUUGUAUGGGACAGUC